CUCUCGCGAUGAUUCCUCCUCCAUGCCCGCUGCCUCUGUCCCUUCGCAUCGACCCGGUAGUCGUGUAUAGACCACGUUGCGAGUCACUGACACACCGUAGGAUUCGACCAGCUUCCGGGACUCAUCCAGGCAGCGGCGACUCUUCUCGGACGUCUUAGGCACGAGUGACUGUUAUUAAAUCUAUUUAAAAUGGGUAUAAAGAAGAAGAAAGAAAUGCAAGUUGCUGCCUUGACUAUCUAUCGUCAGGACCUUGAGACUUUGAGAUCUUUUGCUGAUGAGGAAGGAAAAAAUCUAGCUUCUUUGCUAUUACAUUGUGUACAGCUCACAGAUGGAGUAUCACAAAUCUGUUCUAUCAAACAGAUUGUACCUUUACUAGAGAAGGAAGAUAAAAAUGGCGUGUGUGAUCCCAUUAUUCGAAGUUGUUUGGAUAUUUUAGCAGGCAUCUAUCUUUCUUUAAGUCUAAAAAAUCCCUUGAAGAAAGUAUUGGCAAGCUCCCUAAAUGGCCUGCCUGAAUUUUUUCUGACUGAGGCUAUGCACAGUUUUACUUGUCGGCUUCAGGAAGAAUUGAAUACUACUGAUCUAUACUCGUAUAGGAAAGUAAUGGACAAUAUAUCUUCCUGUCUGGAGAACUUUAACUUGGGUAGAGCAAGUGUUAAUAACCUGCUUGAAAAUGUGCUUCAUUUCCUGCAAAAGAGUUUAAUUGAAAUCCUGGAAAAAAAUAGAAAAUUGACUGGAAAUCAUAUUGCUCAGACACAGUUGAUGAAUGACUUGUUGGUAGGCAUUAGACUUUCAGUGACGUUAGUACAGAAAGUACCAGGCUUCCAGGGAAAUCUCUGGAAGGCUUCCAGUUCUCCGAUCUGGCAAAGUAUGUGUGGCUUGCUGAGUAUUUUCACCAGGUUUUUAAGCGAUGAUGACCUCUUACAGACAAUUCAGAGCACAUCUGGAUUAGCUAUCAUUCUCUUUAUUAAGAUUAUGUUUGAUCCACCUGAAAAGAUCCCUGGUUUGAUUAGCAGUUUGCUCCUUCGUUCGGUGGACUGCGCCAGCAUCCCCGAGUGGUUCAUGAGCAGCUGCAGGAAUCUCUGUUGUGCAGAGGUCCCUGGGUCAGCUCUCUUAUUCCUGUGUCAGGGGACGCUUGCCAUGUUGGACUGGCAGAAUGGGAGCAUGGGCCCGUGUGGGGAGGCCCUGCUCUUGGAUACUGCACAUGUUCUUUUUACCUUGAGUUCACGGAUCAAGGAAUCAACUCUAGAAAUGUUUCUGUCUAGAAUCUUGGCUUCUUGGACCAAUUCAGCCAUCUACGUCCUCGAAUCAAGUUCUCCAAGCCUAAAGAACAGUCUGAAUGGGAAUUCCAGCAUAGUCGAGAGACUUUUGGGAUAUGUCUAUACCCACUGGGAACAUCCAUUGGAUGCCCUGAGACACCAAACCAAAGUCAUCUUCAGCAACCUGCUCCGGAUGCACCAGCUCACUGCGGAAGGGGCGGAUUUGGCCACUGAGCCUUUCUUUUGGGGACUAACUGAGAGUCUUCUGCGAUUGGAAUGGCAUGUUAAAGGGAAGUACACGUGCCUCGGUUGUUUGGUCGAGUGUAUAGGAAUCGAGCGUAUUUUGGCAGUAGAUAAAACUAUCCCAUCUCAAAUAUUAGAAGUGAUGGGGGAGCAGCCAUUGGUUCCUUAUGCAAGUGACCUCUUGGAAACAAUGUUUAAAAAUCAUAAGAGUCAUUUGAAAUCCCAGGCUGUUGACAGUACUUGGAUUGACCAGUUGCAUGAGACUUGGAUUUCUCCUCUACUUUUUAUACUAUGUGAAGGAAACCUAGAUCAGAAAUCUUAUGUGAUUGAUUAUUACUUGCCAAAAUUAUUAAAUUGCAGUCCUGAGAGCUUAAGCUACAUGGUAAAGAUUCUUCAGACUUCUGCUGAUGCUAAAACUGGGUCUUGUAACAGCAGAGGGGCUCUGGGAGCUUUGAUGGCAUGUCUGCGAACAGCUAGAGCUCACGGGCAUCUCCAGUCUGCCACUGAUACCUGGGGAAGCCUUGUGUCCAGCGCGAGAAUAAGGCAGGGCUUAAUUCAUCAGCACUGCCAGGUACGGAUAGAUACAUUAGGCUUGCUUUGUGAAAGUAAUCGAAGCACAGAAAUUGUUUCCACAGAAGAAAUGGAGCUGAUCCAGUUCUUCAUUACGUACAAUCUUAACAACCAGUCCCCGGGAGUGCGACAACAGAUCUGUUCUCUUCUUAAGAAGUUGUUUUGUAGGAUACAGGAAAGUUCUCAGGUACUGUAUAAAUUGGAGCAAAGCAUGUCCAAACAUGAACCAGAGAAUGAAUUACCCAACCAGCACCCUUCUGUUUCUUUACAGCAGUACAAGAAUUUCAUGUCAUCAAUUUGCAGCAGUCUUUUUGAAGCGUUAUUUCCUGGGUCUUCCUAUCCAACUAGAUUUUCAGCCUUAACCAUUUUAGGCUCAAUAGCUGAAGUUUUUCCUGUCGAAGAAGGUGGAAUCCAAACAGUGUAUCUGCUGAGCCAUGAUAUUGAUGCUGGUCGUUUCCAAGCACUAAUGGAAUGUUUUGCUAGCACUUUUGAGGACGUGAAAGUUUUAGCGUUUGAUCUUCUGAUGAAGUUAACAAAAACCGUUGUACAAUUUCAGGGUUCAGAGAAACUGCAGGACUUGUUCCAGGCAGCGCUGGAGCUCAGCACAAGCACCAAACCGCACGACUGUGUAACAGCCUCCUACCUGCUGAACUUCUUAAUCUGGCAGGAUGCUCUGCCGUCACCUCUGUCUGCCCGCUUGCAGACUCAGCAAGUUGCGUAUGGCGACGGAGAGAAGUCGGCAUCUGUGGUGGAAAGGAACACAUUAAUGGUCAUCAAAUGCUUGUUGGAAAAUCUUGAGGAAGAAAUAUCUCAGGCUGAAAAUUCCCUGCUUCAGGCAGCAGCAUCAUGUCCGAUGUAUGGACGAGUCCACUGUGUAACAGGAGCUUUGCAGAAGUUGCCUUUAAACAGCCUGCAGUUGGUGAGCGAGUGGAGACCUGUGGUGGAGAAGCUCCUUGUGUUGUCCUACAGGCUGUCUGCCGUGGUGUCACCUGUCAUUCAGAGCUCCUCCCCAGAGGGCCUCAUCCCCAUGGACACAGACUCAGAGUCGGCAAGCCGCUUGCAGAUGAUUUUGAAUGAGAUUCAGCCACGAGAUACUAACGAUUACUUCAGUGACGUCAAAAUAGUGAAAGAACGUGAUAGUUUUGACUUGGAGGACUUGAAUGCUAGUAUGCCAAAUACCGAUACUUCUGCAGAAAUCAAAGGUAAAGGAGGAAAAACAUGUGAUGUAACUGCUCAGAUGGUGCUGGUAUGUUGUUGGAGAAGCAUGAAGGAAGUCGCUUUACUUUUAGGGACGUUGUGCCAGCUUCUUCCCAUGCGAUCUGUGCCAGAAUCUUAUGGUGGAUUGUUGACAGUGGAACAGGUAAAAGACAUAGGAGAUUACUUUAAACAACACCUUUUACAAUCCAGGCACAGAGGAGCAUUUGAACUGGCUUACACUGGCUUUGUGAAACUCACUGAAAUCCUAAGCAGGUGCCCUAACGUGAGUCUGCAAAAGCUCCCAGAACAGUGGUUAUGGAAUGUUUUAGAGGAAAUUAAAUGCAGUGAUCCUUCAUCGAAACUCUGUGCUACAAGGCGCAGUGCUGGGAUUCCUUUUUACAUACAGGCACUGUUGGCAUCUGAACCAAAGAAAGGCAAAAUGGAUUUGUUGAAAAUAACAAUGAAAGAGUUAAUCUCUUUGGCUGGACCUACAGAUGACUCACAGAGCACAGUCUCCCAGGUUCAUGCUUUAAAUAUCCUUAGAGCUUUGUAUAGAGAUACACGCCUGAGAGAAAAUAUUAUUCCUUACGUGACUGAUGGAGCUAAGGCUGCAAUUCUGGGCUUUACAUCUCCAGUCUGGGCAGUGAGAAAUUCAUCCACACUUCUCUUUAGUACCUUAAUCACAAGAAUUUUUGGAGUUAAAAGGGGAAGUGACGAACUUUCCAAAAAAAAUAGAUUGACAGGGAGAGAAUUUUUCUCUCGUUUCCCAGAGCUCUACCCCUUUCUUCUUAAACAGUUGGAAGCUGUAGCCAAUACUGUGGACAGUGAUUCAGGGGAACUAAACCGUCAUCCAAGCAUGUUUCUCCUACUUUUGGUGUUGGGAAGGCUCUACCCUUCUCCGAUGGACGGCAGUUCCUCUGCUCUCAGCAUGGCACCUUUUGUCCCCUUCAUUAUGAGGUGUGGUGGCUCACCUGUCUACCGAUCCCGUGAGAUGGCAGCUCGUGCCUUGGUCCCAUUUGUUAUGAUAGACCAAAUCCCAGAUACCAUCCGAACUCUGUUGGCCAGACUCCCUAACUGCACUGACCAGUGUUUCCGGCAAAACCAUAUCCAUGGGACACUUCUCCAGGUUUUUCAUUUGUUACAAGCCUACUCAGACUCCAAACACAGAACGAAUUCAGACUUUCAGCAGGAGCUGACUGACAUCACUGUCUGUACCAAAGCCAAACUCUGGCUGGCCAAGAGGCAAAAUCCAUGUUUGGUGACCAGAGCUGUAUAUAUUGAUAUUCUCUUCCUGUUGACUUGCUGCCUUGACAAACCCGCAAAGGGCAACCAGCCAGUUCUGGAGAGCCUUGGCUUCUGGGAGGAAAUCGAUGGGAUCAUCACAGGAUCAGAGCUGGUAACAGGGUUCCCCUAUACCUUUACGGUACCAGGCCUGCCUCAGUACCUCCAGAGCCUCACCAAACUUGCCAUAGCAGCUGUGUGGGCAGUGACAGCCAAGGCCGGAGAGCAGACAAGGAACGUCCCCAUCUCCUUCUGUCAGCUCUUGGAGUCUACCUUCUCUGAAGUGCGCUUGCUGACACUGGAAGCCCUGUUGGAAAGGUUCUCAGCAGCAGCCUCUGGGUUAACAGAGAAGGAACUGCCACCCUUGCUGCACAAUAUGGGAGAGAAGUUCUUAAUGUUGGCCAUAGAGGAAAAGCACCCAGAAUGCUUCUGCAAGAUACUGAAAAUUCUUCAUUGCAUGGACCCCAGGGAGUGGCUUCCCCAGACAAAGUGCUGUAUUCAUCUAAGCCCAGAAGAGUUCUUGAUCUGGACAAUGGAUAUUGCUUCCACUGAAAGGUCUGAAAUUCAAAGCAUAGCUCUGAAGCUUGCCUCCAAAGUGGUUGCCCACCACACGCAGACACGUGAGGAGAACAGAGACUCCAUGGCCCCCGAGCUGAAGCAGUGGGUCCAGUUGGUCAUCUCGUCCUGUGAAGACCAUCUUCCCACAGAGUCCAGGCUGGCCGCUGCAGAGGUCCUCGCCAACACCACACCAUAUUUCCUCACCAACCCCCAUCCGAUUAUUGGGUUGCAGGAUACCCUUGCUCUCUGGAGAUGUGUCUUCACCCUACUGCAGAGUGAGGAACAAGCCGUCAGAGAUGCAGCUGCGGAGAUCGUGACAACUGCCCUGUCACAAGAAAAUACCUCCCAGUCAACAGAGUUUGCCUUCUGCCAGGUGGAUGCCUCGAUCGCUCUGGCUCUGGCCCUGGCUGUCUUGUGUGACCUGCUCCAGCAGUGGGACCAGCUGGCUGCAGGACUCCCCAUCCUGCUGAGAUGGCUAUUGGGCGAGGGUGACGACCUCGUGGUCUGUGCAGAGAGCACGUGUCAGGUGGAAGACUACCUGUUUGAAAAAGCAGAUGUCAACUUUUGGGCUGAGACCCUGGUCUUCGUGAAAUACCUCUACAAGCACCUCUUCUGUCUGCUCUCUAAAUCUGGCUGGCGCCCCCCCAGCCCUGAGAAUCUCCAUCACCUUCGAAGGAUGGCGUCAGAGCAGUACCACCUCCUCUCCCAGCUCUUCCGAGAGCUGCCACCAACCGCCGAGUUUUUGAAGACAGUGGAGUUCACGAGACUGCGCAUUCAGGAGGAAAGGACUUUGGCUUGUCUGAGGCUGCUGGCCUUUCUGGAAGGAAGGGAAGGAGAAGACACCCAGGUUCUCAGUGCUUCUGAUUCUCCUCCAGAAGCGAGUCACCUAACUCUGCCAAGAACAGAAACAGCGUGUUGAACAAAGAAGCUUCUAGGCGUAGAGAGCGUGGACUACCCCUCCGCCAAAUCUGCAGGAAAUGUGUUGAACAUCAGUUCAAGAACUUUCCUCCUUCAUCCUCCCCUGCUUCUGUGAGGCUAGUCUUAUGUCCCUUCCUACAGAGGCAUUUUUCUUCCGUUCACUUGUUCAAGUCAGCCAGGUUUACUGCAGCUACUGUAGGAAGUGAGGCCACCACGUUAAGUAUGUACUCUGUUCCCAGGUGCAGGCCAGCUGCAGGCCUGAAUUAGCCUCUUUUGUCCCCCAGCACCUCUGACAUCCAGCCAUAGGCUGUCUGCAUUGACUGCCUGUGAACUGACUCUAUAAAAUUGAGCUUUUGGUUGGGUUCCCCCCCGCCCAGAAUUGGGUUUUAACACAUGAUCCUCUCCGCCUUUUUUAGCUGGAUGUAGGGGCUGGAUUAGUUGGCCAACAGCCCAUUUGAUCCGAUUUCUACAUUUUAUUCCAUCUCAGCAAGGCAGAAAUACGUUCCAAAUGUUAAAUCUUGAGAGAAUGAAGGACCAACUUCAUACAGAUAAUUUUGUUUUUAUUGUUUGCAUGUGUAAGGCCUGCAGUGACCUACACAUUCCGUCCUGUUAAAAGAGCCACUGAGAGCUCCUCUCACCCCAAAAUAAGUGUUUGUGAUAAUGCCAGGAAACCUGAUUUUGCCACCCAGUGAAAACAUACACUCUUGGCUGGCAGAAGCAACCUGGGGACAGGAGGCCUAGAAUAAAUGAUUUAUUUGAAGCUUA